CUGGGUCGGCUGAGGGAGGAAAAUGGCUGCGAGUUCCUCGGUAGUCUCGGUGGCAGCGGCUGCCGCCGCGGUUCCGGGCGUGUCCACUAGCGCGGAUUUCUCAGACUUGCGGGACAUUAAGAAGCAGCUGCUGCUCAUCGCGGGCCUCACUCGGGAGCGGGGCCUGCUUCACAGCAGCAAAUGGUCCGCGGAGCUGGCCUUCUCUCUGCCCGCCUUGCCUUUGUCCGAGCUGCAGCCGCCGCCGCCUCUUACAGAGGAAGAUGCCCAGGACGUGGAUGCUUACACCCUGGCCAAGGCCUACUUUGAUGUUAAAGAAUAUGAUCGGGCAGCACAUUUCCUGCAAGGCUGCAAUAGCAAGAAAGCCUAUUUCCUGUACAUGUAUUCCAGAUACCUGUCUGGAGAGAAAAAGAAGGACGAUGAAACAGUUGAUAGCCUAGGACCCCUAGAGAAAGGUCAGGUGAAAAAUGAGGCUCUCAGAGAACUAAGAGUGGAGCUCAGCAGGAAGCACCAGGCCAGGGGACUCGAUGGAUUUGGCCUUUACCUGUACGGGGUGGUGCUUCGGAAACUGGACUUGGUAAAAGAGGCCAUUGAUGUGUUUGUGGAGGCUACUCAUGUUUUGCCUUUGCACUGGGGAGCCUGGUUGGAGCUGUGUAACCUGAUCACAGACAAAGAGAUGCUCAAGUUCCUGUCUUUGCCUGACACCUGGAUGAAAGAAUUCUUCCUGGCUCAUAUAUACACAGAAUUGCAGCUGAUAGAGGAGGCCCUGCAGAAGUAUCAACAUCUCAUUGAUGUGGGCUUUUCCAAGAGCUCAUACAUUGUUUCUCAGAUCGCAGUUGCCUAUCACAAUAUCAGAGAUAUUGAUAAAGCUCUUUCUAUUUUUAAUGAACUGAGGAAACAAGACCCUUACAGGAUUGAAAAUAUGGACACAUUCUCCAAUCUUCUUUAUGUCAGGAGCAUGAAAUCUGAAUUGAGUUAUUUGGCACAUAACCUCUGUGAAAUUGAUAAAUACCGAGUAGAAACGUGCUGUGUAAUUGGCAAUUAUUAUAGCUUACGCUCCCAGCAUGAGAAAGCAGCCUUGUAUUUCCAGAGAGCUCUGAAGUUGAAUCCUAGGUAUCUUGGGGCCUGGACAUUGAUGGGGCAUGAGUACAUGGAAAUGAAGAACACAUCUGCUGCUAUCCAAGCUUACCGACAUGCCAUUGAGGUCAAUAAGAGAGACUACAGAGCUUGGUAUGGCCUUGGGCAGACCUAUGAAAUCCUUAAGAUGCCAUUUUAUUGCCUUUAUUAUUAUAGACGGGCCCACCAGCUUCGUCCCAAUGAUUCUCGUAUGCUGGUUGCCUUAGGAGAAUGUUAUGAGAAGCUCAAUCAACUAGUGGAAGCCAAAAAGUGUUAUUGGAGAGCAUAUGCUGUGGGAGAUGUGGAGAAAAUGGCUCUCGUGAAGCUUGCAAAGCUUCAUGAACAGUUGACUGAGUCAGAGCAGGCUGCCCAGUGUUACAUCAAAUACAUCCAAGAUAUCUAUUCCUGUGGGGAAGUAGUGGAGCACUUGGAGGAGAGCACAGCCUUCCGCUAUCUGGCUCAGUACUAUUUUAAGUGCAAGCUGUGGGAUGAAGCUUCAACUUGUGCCCAGAAGUGUUGUGCAUUCAACGAUACCCGGGAAGAGGGUAAGGCCUUGCUCCGUCAGAUCCUACAGUUGCGGAACCAAGGGGAGACUCCCAGCACUGACACGCCUGAUAGAAACAGCCUUGGGGACAGCCUAUGGAAUCACCUUCAGAGGCAGACAGAACUAUGGCAGGGGACAGGUACUGUCUUCUCCCAGCAAGCACUUCUUGGCCUUCCCAUAGUCUCCCCACCUCCAAAAAUCCCUUUCACAGCACUUUACCAUAAGUGAUGCUACAGAAACAAGGUUUUAAUGCUGCUGGGAGUGGAUAGGCAAGGAAGGGGGUAAAAAUUAUCCUGCUUGUCUGCUGCCAGUAGGGAGGUCAGGUAUUGAAUAGUAAUGACCUCUCUGUGUAGCCUAGGCUGGGAUCUUCCUGUUUCAGCUUCCCUAAUGAUGGGAUUACAGGCAUAUGCCAUGAGGCCAGGUUAGAAUGACCUUUAUUUUGCCGAGUGUGGCUUCUAUUAUGAUGUCAGAGAUUUGGUUUAAAUGGAGUGUAGCUAGCUAUCCAUGAUCUUUGGGAGACAGUUUUCAAAGAGAGUCUUCUAAAACCUUUCAAGUGGAAGUCUCAAUGAGCAUGAACUAUAUAGAUGGCUGGCUAGAGCAUUAACUAUACCCUGAUAACUUCGUUUUGGAUAUUUGAAACUUUUAUUUCAGAUAUUAAAAUUCAUGCUGGUAUCUUUUAGUAAAUACCUUGUUUUCAACCUUAUGUAUAAGGUUGAGGGACUCAUCCUAUGUUCUUGAUGUUUAUACUAUGUGAUACUAUAGAUCAUUCUGUGUUUAAGGUGUCGACUACUUCUCUCGUGCUCAGAACAUUUUUAUUACCCUCUUACUUUUGAGACCAUUUAUAAAGAAACAUUAGCUGGACAUUGUGGAGCAUGUCUUUAAUCCUAGCAUUUUGGAGACAGAGGCAGGUGGACUUUUUGAGACCAGCUGUGUACACAGCAAGUUCCAUGCCAGUCAGAGCUACAUAUAUAGUAAAACCAAACAAAAAAACAAACCUUCUAAAUAUAUAUUGCCAUUUGACUCAUUUCAUAGUAUGUCUUAGGCUGGUUCCCAUUGCUGUUCCUGUCCAAGGGUCCAUUGGGCCAGAUGGUAUUUAUAUCAGUUUCUGUCCCCUUUUUUAUAUUUUUCUAAGUUUGGAAUCCAAAUAAAAGCAUAAACAAUGUCUUUA